AUGAUCCAAAACGAACCUCAAGAGGAGGCAUCCUCACGUGUUCCGAAAGAAACAUCAUCGAAUGCAUCAACACCGUUAGGGCUGUUUGAUAGAAUACGACGACGGAUGGGAAAAUCAGCAUCUAAUAGUAGCAACAACAACAUCAAUACAUCAAAAAUAGAAGGCUCAUCACCUCACCAAAAAACUCCAGAUGUUUUGGAUUCAACAAAAAAGAGACCCUACUCUGUAACUAGUUCCUCAACAAGUAUACAACCACAAGAUCCAGAAUCUUAUGACUCGUAUAUGAUUGAUGACGAGGAUGAAAAGGAUUCGGGUGUGAUCAUUUCCAAAUCACAACAUACUUCAACCAAUGAUACUACUGGAUCCUCUCAAAAUGAUUUCAUUGACUUGACAAAAGAUAGCAUUGACGAGUCGUUUCAUACCUCAUUCCUCAUGACACCAACUUCCGAUGGUGAUGUUCAGGCCAUUGUAAAAUGCACUAAUGACCACUCACUAAAUUCACCUACUGGACUAACUCCUGUUUUUAAGAGAAAGAAAAUUGCCAUGCCAUCAUUUCUGUUUUCAGACGAUGAUUUAAAAUAUGAUAGAAACGAAUCUAAGACUAUCAUUCCAAUAUUACACAUUGAAGAUAAAUUUUUAAUUAGAUUUACAAAACCAUCCUGGACUGUUGUCCCACUUGAUAAAGAUACCGUAAAAGAUUGUGAAGGAGAUUUAAAACAUCCUAAAGAAUUUUAUUUGGAUUUUAAAAAACCAAUAUUUACGGUUUUACACUUUCUCAAACUCGUGCACUAUUUUAAUUUUAAUCAACACAAAAUUAUGGAGAAAUCGAAGUUUAUCAAUAAUUUAAAAGAUUUAUUAAUUGUACUUCGACCCUAUUCUACAGUUUUUGUAGACUCUGAAAACAGUAUGGAAUAUUUGUUGGAAGAAAUAAGAAAUGCUUUAACAGAAGAUAAGAAAAAUUCCAUGUACACACACGUUGAUCAAGAUUGCUCUGUAAAAUAUGUAAAUAAUCUUCAAUUUCUAGCACUAGAGUACAUGCAAUUAUUUAGUCAAUAUUUCGAAGGAGGCAACGUUCCUCAUAAAAGGAAAAAUAUUAGAAAAUUACAACAAGCUGAAAAUAUUCUGAAAAAAGAAUUUUCAUCCAGAACAGUGCGAUGUUUUGAAGAAAAGGAAAAAAGACUCCAUUUUGAAGGGUGUCAUUCUCUCUAUAACUUUAUGGAUGUGCAUUUUAAUGCUAAAAAGUUUGAAUUUUACUAUUCACAUGGUGAAAAACGAGAAAUUGGAUACAAUGGCCUUCCUCUAUUUCACUCAAUGAUCGAAUCGCUAAUAAUUUCUAAAUUAUUUUUUAAAGGUGGUGAAUAUAAGGGAGAUAUCAUUUCAACAGAUAUGUGUGGGGACCUUGAAGAAGAGAUGGAACAUAUGGUUGGCAAGCACGUACCUCAUGGAUAUGGAACUUGGAAGUUUAUCAAUGGUAAUGAUAUUAUGACUUACACGGGUCAAUGGAGGUACGGAAAAAAAGAAGGUCUAGGGUCCUUUCAAAUGGAAAGCUUGAUCUAUGAAGGAGAAUGGAAUGAUGAUCAAAUGAGCGGUUACGGUGUGUUAAAAGUAACAGAUGGUUAUCACAAAGGCUCUAUUUAUUAUGGAGAGUUUGAGGAAGGUAAAAGAAAUGGCAAGGGAGUUCAAUUCUACAUGUACAAUAACGAUGAAUGUAACGCUGAGAAUGACAUUCACAAUCCUCUCGAUCUCAUCAGAGAUGAAUAUGGACAUGAAUUUUAUGAAUGGUAUCGAGGAGAAUGGAGAAACGAUAAACGUGAUGGCCAUGGAGAAUACAUGACCAAAUAUGAAUGGAAAAUUGGGGAAUGGAAAGAAAAGUUGAGGGAUGGUUUUGGAUAUAUUCGAGAAUCUAUUCAUGAAUCUAAAAGAACCAUUACCGAUUCUUUAUUUUAUUAUUUAACAUUUGAGAAAUUUAAACAAACCUCUAAAAAACCUCACAUUCCUUCAACAUUAUUGCCAUUUAUAGAUAGCUGGGAAAAGUUGAAAAAAUUGAACGCAGCAGAAUCGAUUAUAGCUCUCGGCGCUCAACAAAAAUCUGCUAAACGGACCAUUCACAUGGGAUAUUGUUUUAGAUCCAAACUGGAAGCUAAAUGGGCAAAAUUCUUUGAAUCUUGCUCAAUUCCUUUCUUUUAUGAACCUUAUACUUUUAAAUUAAGAGAUGGAUCAGAAUAUACCCCUGACUUUUAUUUACCACUUCAAAACUUUUGGAUUGAAAUCAAGCCACACUAUCCAACUGAAGAAGAGCGAGUGAAGGCUCAAUUACUUGCUGAUUUUUGA